AUGCCGCCGCAGCUCUGGGAAGUGGUGGGAGGCGUCGAGCAGGGCGGCAUUCUCGUGCGGCAAGGCUGCGAGCUUUCUUCACCUGCAGAAGCAGAGCGCUUGUCAACAGGAGCUUUGAUCAUGGCUGAUUUGUCGCAGAAGAAGGAGAUGGAGGAGCGCCUGAAGUACUGGCUCGUGUCCGGGACGGGUCCUCCCUGCGGUUGGAUCUCCAUGCGCGUGAAGGGGAAGCCGCUGGUGGAAGCCAGGUCACCAUCGCGCAGGCUGCGUGUGCUGGCCUUGCACGGUGCCCCCGGCAACUCCAACAUCAUGAACUUUCAGACGGCCGGUCUUCGGAAGAUGGCGGGGGAGGACUUCGAGUGGAGCUUCCUGGACGGGCCUUGCGCUUGGGAGCCGGUGCCCAACUCCACCCAGAUGAACCUCGCCGAGCGCACAGCCAUCGAGAAGGCCCUGGCGAAAGGGAAACCCUUCGUGCAGUGGUAUUCGCAUCCCAAACCCACCGGUGAGGAGGAAGGCCAGGAGCCUGCGAAGGCCAUGAGCUUCGAGAAUGUGGUUUACGAGAAUGUGGAGGAAGGCAUCAAGUUCCUCCAGACGGCUCUCGCCGGUCUGGAUCCCGACAUCGUGCUGUGCUACUCUCAAUCUGGCACGAUGCUGGCCAUGUACAUGGACGUCAUGCGAAAGGACCGGCUCGUGUCCACGCCAGUGCCUUGGCGCUUGGGUGUCUUUUUCUGCGGCGCCAUGAUCGAUGAUCCACGCUACCAGCUCAGAGAGCCAUUGCCAUUGCCGGCCGUGUAUAUCCAUGGUGGGGACGCAGACCCCUGGGGUCGACACGGGGAGAAGAUGCUGCCAAAGAUGUACAAAGACUGGCGCAUGUUUGAGCACAGCAGUGGGCAUGUCAUUCCAAAUGGCGUGGAGGGAUCGGAGAUCUUCCAGCAGGUGAUUCUCAGGAUGUAUGCAGAAUGCCAAGACCUCAUUGGCCCCAAAGCGGGCCAACAGCAGUCGUCCUAG